AUGUCUCCAAAGACUGGCACGAUUCUCGUCACCGGAGGGUGCGGCUACGUCGGUUCCCACACCGUCCUCAGUCUCCUCGAGUCCGGGUACAAGGUCAUUGUCCUCGACAAUCUCUCCAACACUUCCAGCUCCGCCGAGCCAGCCGUCACCCCCGAGGCCCUCAAGCGCGUCCAGAAGAUCCUUUCCACAGACGAGCCCAUUCCAUUCUACGCUGUCGACAUCACCGACAAGCCCGCGCUUGUCCGAAUCUUUGAGUCCCACCCUGACAUUUCCGCCGUCAUCCACUGUGCAGGUCUGAAAUCCGUGGGCGAAUCCGGUCGCAGACCCCUGGAUUACUACAAUGUCAAUAUCGCAGGCACCGUCAAUUUGUUACAGGUCAUGGAAGACUUUGAUGUCCGUCGGAUGGUCUUCUCGAGUUCCGCAACUGUCUAUGGCGACCCACCCAAGAUCCCGAUCCCAGAAACUUCCCCGAUCGUCGCCUCCAUGAGUACCUAUGGGCGGACAAAAGUAUUUUUGGAACACAUCAUCAAGGAUUUCUAUCGAUGGAGCGCCACCUUGCUGAGAUACUUUAACCCUGCAGGAGCACACCCCAGUGGCAUUAUGGGUGAGGAUCCGCAGGGAAUUCCCAAUAACCUGAUGCCGUACCUCGCCCAGGUUGCUGUGGGAAACCUGGAGAAGCUAACAGUCUUUGGACAGGAUUAUCCAACCAAGGAUGGCACCUGCAUUCGCGACUACUUGCAUGUGGUUGACUGCGCUGAUGGACAUGUAGCCGCCCUCAAGAAAAUCGAGCGCGAGGAAGCCGCAGGCACAUUUGAGUGCAAUGCCUACAACCUUGGUGCUGGAACAGGUUGCUCUGUCUUGGAUAUGGUGCAUGCGUUCAGUAAAGCCGUCGGACGGGAUUUGCCAUAUGUGAUCUCAGCCCGUCGCCUAGGUGAUGUGCCCAACCUGACUGCAGACCCCACGUUGGCCAACAAGGAGUUGAACUGGAAGGCCACCAAGACGUUGGAUGAGAUGUGUGCGGAUCUGUGGAGAUGGCAACGCAACAACCCUAGUGGCUACAGGACUCAAAACUAG